CUAAAGUGAAACCGACUGAGUUGAUUGGUGUUUUACUUUCAUUAGACAGCCUAAGGUUGUUGUUCAUACUCCGGAACAGUAGAUGUCAGUGUACGCCUUCUUAAUUCGUGCCCAACCUUUGAACAGAUCUACUCAAGAAGAAGAUGGUCAUAUUACGUAUUACGGCUUCUGUAGAGAUCAGAAUUUUGCUAUGGAAUUUUAACGUUGGAUUUAGUUGAUCACCAGCAUUAAAAAAAACACAUAUCUGCCAGUGGAGGCAUUUUUAUCCAAACAGUCAAAGGGAUACAAAUACAACUGUAUAACGUUUAUUUCUUGUUAGAUUUGUAUUGCUUGGUGAGUAAAGUUGUAGUUUACGUGCCGUUAGCCAUGUAGCAUUUGAGGCGGUGUUUGUGCGUCUGUUGUGUUUGAUUGCGGGAGUCUGCUUAGCAUUAUUUUUGGCCAUGCCGCAAGAAUCAGAGCCUCCUCUUCCACUUGUGCGGUCCCUACCCAGUGGAAUCCCGUGCCAUGUUGUUUUCUGCAACCGAAGUCCUCGCGUUGUUCUCCCAGUGUGGAUCAACUUCCGCGGUGAGCCGCAGCCUUUCAGCCCAAUCCAGCCCUGGACGGGCCAGAGAAUGACUACCUUUGUUGGGCAUCCCUGGAUGUUCCGUGAUGCUGAGUCAGAUGAUCCCAUGCGUGUGAAUGGGAAGGAGCUGUACCUACCACGAGCCCAGAACACCAGGUCACAGAUGUCACUGAUCAACAUCACCUUACCAGUGCUUACCCUGCGGGAGCGCUGUCUGCAGGCAGUGAGGAAGUAUGUCUCUGCAGAGGACUUCCCUCGUCUGGAGAUCGCCAAGACUCUUCAGGAGGACCUGGCAGACAAGCCAAGCCUCCAGAGAGACCUUCAGCGCAUUGCACAGCGUGUGGAGCAGAGGCUCCUGCAGGAGAGGCAACAAUAGCACUUGUGAGUGAGUGAGUGAGUGUGUGCGUGUGUGUGAGUGUGUGCGUGUGUGUGAGAGAGAGAGAGAGAGAGAGAGAGGAAAAGAUGGAUACGUAUAAAUAAGAUUAUUAUUGUUGUGAGUGUAUGUGUCAUAGUAACUUUAUAUAAAAACACAUUUGUACAUUUAUAUUUGAAAUGUAUGAUUAAAAUUAUGCACUAUAA